CGCAGCGUCUGGGCGCCGCGGACUCCAUUUCCCGAGGAGCUGCGGGCGGGAAGGCGGGUCGCAGUGGCGUCUGGCCCAGCCUGUCGGGGUGGGGGCCUGGAUCAAGGCACAGCUGUGGCCGUGCGGCCGUCGGGCCUGGUUCUGAUCAUGUUUGCGUGAGGAUACUGCCGCUGUCGCUGCCCAAGUCCCGUCCCGCGCCUUCAUCAUGGGCUCCAUCCUGAGCCGCCGCAUCGCGGGGGUGGAGGAUAUCGACAUCCAGGCGAACUCCGCCUAUCGCUACCCUCCCAAGUCCGGAAACUACUUUGCUUCACACUUUUUCAUGGGAGGUGAGAAGUUUGACACCCCUCACCCUGAAGGUUACCUCUUUGGAGAAAACAUGGAUCUGAACUUCCUAGGCAGCCGCCCUGUCCAGUUUCCCUAUGUCACUCCUGCUCCCCAUGAGCCUGUGAAGACACUGAGAAGCCUGGUGAAUAUCCGCAAAGACUCCCUCCGACUUGUGAGGUACAAAGAUGAUGCUGAUAGUCUCACCGAGGGUGGCGAGAAGCCUCGAGUGCUCUACAGCUUGGAAUUCACUUUUGAUGCCGACGCCCGAGUGGCCAUCACCAUCUACUGCCAGGCAGUGGAGGAGUUCCUAAAUGGCAUGGCAGUGUACAGCCCCAAGAGUUCGGCCUUGCAGUCGGAGACCAUCCACUAUAAGAGGGGAGUAAGCCAGCACUUCUCACUGCCUUCCUUCAAGAUUGACUUCUCUGAGUGGAAGGAUGACGAGCUGAACUUUGACUUGGACCGGGGCGUGUUUCCAGUGGUCAUCCAGGCCGUGGUGGAUGAGGGAGAUGUUGUGGAAGUAACUGGCCAUGCCCAUGUGCUUUUGGCUGCUUUUGAGAAGGCUGGCCAAACCUACCACACCUUUUCUGUUCCUCAGGUGGACCGGGUGAGCUACCUACUGCAGGAGAUCUAUGGCAUUGAGAACAAGAACAACCAGGAGACCAAGCCCUCAGACGAUGAGAACAGUGAUAAUAGCAGCGAGUGUGUGGUGUGUCUGUCAGACCUGCGGGACACACUGAUCCUGCCCUGCCGCCACCUGUGCCUCUGCACCUCCUGUGCUGACACACUGCGCUACCAGGCCAAUAACUGCCCCAUCUGCCGACUGCCAUUCCGAGCCCUCUUGCAGAUCCGGGCCGUGCGGAAGAAACCAGGGGCCCUGUCCCCCAUCUCCUUCAGCCCUGUCCUGGCCCAGAGCAUGGACCAUGAUGAACACUCUUGUCCCUUUAAAAAAUCAAAGUCGCACCCUGCCUCCCUGGCCAGCAAGAAACCUAAAAGGGAAACAAGCUCUGACAGCAUCCCACCUGGCUAUGAGCCCAUCUCCCUGCUUGAAGCACUCAAUGGCCUGCGGGCCGUCUCCCCGGCUAUCCCUUCAGCACCCCUUUAUGAGGAAAUCACCUACUCAGGGGUCUCGGAGGGCCUUUCCCAGGCAAGCUGUCCACUUGCUGGAAUCGACCAGGUUCUAGAAAGCAGCCACCAGAGCAGGCAACAGAGCAAGUCUCCUGACAGCACCCUGCGGUCCCCAUCAUCCCCUAUCCACGAGGAGGAUGAGGAGAAGCUCUCUGAGGACUUGGAAGCUCCUCUCCCACCAGGUGGCCCGGAGCUGGCCCUGGGGGAGAGCAGCUCCCCCGAGAGUUUCCUAACGGAAGAGGUUGAUGAGCCAUCACUGAAGCAAGGGAGCCAAGUGGCAUCCAUCGAGGAGGUCCUGCAGGAUUGCAGCCCCGAGCUCCAAGGUUGUGCCCAGUCAGGUCCUCCUGCUGACAUCUACCUGCCAGGAUGGUCCACAUCCAUGGAGACGCCCCACAGCCUCAGUACCACAGGACCCCCCUGGCCUCCGCUUGGUGGCUCCAAUACUGACCCUGGGACCUCUGACCUGACCCCACUCUGAGAGCCUGAUCCUGCUAGCAGCAUGGAGCCAUCAGCCCUUCAGACUCUGCUGAGGGACUGUUCUGGACCUCAGUAUGACCCAAGCCUUUCCUGUCAGCACGCCCCAUGUGGCACUAGCCUCUGAGGGGCCAGGUGACCUUUGAUCAAAGAGCACAGUGGAUUGUCCACUCUACAAACUUUUUUUAUGGUUGAUAUAUUUGUAAAUGGUACAAGAUAAAAGACAACAGCUCUUAACCCUGGGCCUUUGGCCCUGGGGAUUCCCCAAAUACCAGUGUCAAUACUCUGGAAUCUGGCAGAAAAGGAGUUAUGGAUGAUGGGGCCAGCAGAAAAGGAGAUGGAUGAUGUGCUGAUUUCACAGACCUAGACCGGGGAGGGGGCCCAAGUCACGGUGAAUGAAGGAAACAGUGCCUGUCUGUCUACCCCUUUCAUGUUCCUUGUGGAACAUGGAACAAGACUGGCUCUUGCUGCUACUUCCCCCCUGGUAUCGUUGUGGCCAUGGGUGGCCUUCUGUGGUACCUGAGGGCUCACCUGCUCUGGGCCCUUUAGUACCCAGGUAUCUGCCCCAGGGUGCAGCCUUUCCUCUGGCAUCUGUAGCGGUUGGUUCUCUGUGGCCUGGUAUCCAUGUCCUGUGCUUUCUCACAGGCACUGCUAUGCUCCUUUUUCAGAUGCCUUCAGAGUGGUAGCAUUUCUCUUCAGCUGCUGCUGGCGAAGCAUGUGUACCAGCUUCUUUGGUUUCCUGUUUUUGUUUUUGUUUUUUUUUUUGGUUAGUCUGUCUUUUUGAGACAGGGUCUCGCUGUAUAGCUCAGGCUGCCC